AGCGUCAGUGGGAGGUGCGCGCAUUACACGCCUGCAGGGGACGGUCCGCGGCUCAGGAGAGGCACGCGCGGCUCGCGAACAGCGCGCUAGCUUCCUGAUGUACAUUAAACUGCCUGCUGCUGCUGAGAAGAUCGCAGGUUCUCCUCUUCUGCUUGAUGUUUUUUCUUGUCGGUUGAUUCCGGAUGCGCCUUGAGGCGGGCGGGUGCCGGGAGUAGAGCGUGGGGGCGGUAGGGGGUCAUAUAUGCGGGGUGAGGGGGCGGGGGCCGUUCGAGUCUCCUCUCCGUCUGCUGGUGGAGAACAUGCUUGGCUGUGAGACACUCGAGUGGAGACCACUGUCUCCUCAGCCCCUAUGAUGCGCCUCUUAAUCCCCGCUUGUUUCUUCCACGAAUUUCUCCACGUCUGUUUUUCUCGAUCGGCUCUGGAGUGCAGAUGAUGACCGCGAGGAAGACCAUGUUGUUCUACCUAUGAAACGAAUUCAGGUGCAACUAUAUGUUUUCCUUUUCAAAAUAUUUUUUUUUUUUGUGGAAAUAAUCGCAGAGGCGUUGAAAGGGACGGCUUCAAUAUUAUAAUAAGAAAAAAUAAAUGACAAUAAUCCGCACAUUUCUGUUGAGCUUCUUUUCAAAAGACCUCCUUCUGAAGAAGAAAAAACAUGUUUUAAUAUUUUAAAGUCGCAGCGGAUCUUUUACAAAUAAAAUCUUUAGUGUUAUUUUUUUAUUUUAUUUUUCCUGCACCUUUUGUUUUGCGUGUGUUUUUUUUUCUACCCGCCAGAAAGACCGAGAUGCCCGGCGACUAGUUUUAAUGAAAUUUUUUGGUAGUAAAUUGUGUUCCUAUCGUCGGUUUUUUGUAAUAAUUAAAAAUAUUAUUUGAUUUAGCCGACGAGUAGCAAUCGAUGGCCCUGAUUUGAUUUCUAAAAUGAGAAGACUGGACGAACCAUAAUUCCGUUAACUGAAAUAUCGUGGAUUUGCAUCGUAUGCAUAAGAAUUAAUCGAAGACGGACUAAAUAUGAUCGUGCCCUGCAUCUUCCAUUUUCCAACACUGAGUGUUUGAAAAAAAAAAACAAUUUAUUUCCAUAAGCUGACAGGGGAGCCACUCGGUAGUCCUCCUCCUUGCCUUGUCGCGAGGGUGUGAUGGAGCGAUAGGAAAACUCCGCCAAUCUGUGCGCCUAAGAGUGCCGGAUCAGAUGGGAUGUAAUGUGGUGUGGUCGCAUUGAGUGCUCUCCUCCUUCUCCUCCUCCUUCUUGGGUGCUUGCUGACCACUGGCCUUCGGUGCGUGUAGAAUGGCUCGGUUUGGAGACGAGGUGCCGGCCCGGUACGGGGGAGCGCCGAGCCAAAGCGGCCCCGGCCGCGGCGGUGUCGGCGGCGGCAGCAGUAGGCAGGGUGGUCCGCCCGGAGCCCAGAGGAUGUACAAGCAGUCGAUGGCCCAGCGAGCCCGAACCAUGGCCCUGUACAACCCGAUACCGGUUCGACAGAACUGCUUCACGGUCAACCGCUCCCUCUUUCUGUUCAGCGAGGACAACGUGGUGAGAAAAUACGCAAAGAAGAUCACCGAAUGGCCUCCCUUUGAAUGGAUGAUUCUCACAACCAUCAUUGCCAACUGCAUCGUCCUGGCCCUGGAGCAGCACCUUCCCAUGGAAGACAAAACUCCCAUGUCUGAGCGCCUGGAUGACACGGAACCCUAUUUCAUCGGCAUCUUCUGCUUCGAGUCAGGCAUCAAAAUCCUGGCGCUAGGCUUCGUCUUCCACAAGGGAUCCUACUUGCGCAAUGGCUGGAAUGUCAUGGACUUUGUGGUGGUGCUCACCGGCAUCCUGUCGUCUGUGGGCUCGGAAUUGGACCUGAGGACACUACGUGCCGUCCGAGUGUUGAGACCGCUGAAACUGGUGUCUGGAAUUCCCAGCCUCCAGGUGGUGCUGAAGUCCAUCAUGAAGGCAAUGAUCCCAUUGCUACAGAUCGGCCUGCUGCUCUUCUUCGCCAUCCUUAUGUUUGCCAUCAUUGGCCUCGAGUUCUACAUGGGCAAGUUCCACUUCACCUGCUUCGACAUCAUCACCAACGAGAUCCAAGAUGAGCUUCCCUGUGGGAAGUCGGAGUCGUCACGGAUGUGCUCAAAUGGGACGGAGUGCCGGGGUUACUGGUUAGGCCCCAACUAUGGCAUCACACAGUUUGACAACAUCCUGUUCGCCGUUCUCACAGUCUUCCAGUGCAUCACCAUGGAGGGAUGGACUGACCUGCUCUACUUCAGCAACGACUCCUUAGGGAGUGCCUGGAAUUGGAUGUACUUCAUCCCUCUCAUCAUUAUAGGGUCUUUCUUCAUGCUGAAUCUGGUUCUGGGUGUGCUGUCUGGGGAGUUUGCAAAAGAGAGGGAGCGUGUGGAAAAUAGGAGGGAGUUCCUCAAGCUCAGGCGUCAGCAGCAGAUUGAGAGGGAGCUGAAUGGAUAUCUGGAGUGGAUCUGCAAAGCAGAAGAGGUGAUCUUGGCAGAGGAAGUGAAUGACACCGGUGAUCGGAUGCCCUAUGAUGGAUCACGACGCAGACCCACAAUCAAGAAAAGCAAAACAGACCUACUGAACCCUGAGGAAGGAGAGGAUCACCUAGGGGACAUGGCUGUGGGCUCACCAUUCGCUCGCGCCAGCAUCAAGAGUGGCAAAGAAGGCUCCAGCUUCAGCAAAAAAGAGCGACGCUUGCGUUUCUUCAUCCGCCACAUGGUGAAGACACAGGCCUUCUAUUGGACUGUGCUUAGUCUGGUGGGCCUCAACACAUUGUGUGUGGCCAUCGUGCACUACAAACAACCUGAGCUGCUCUCUGACUUCCUCUUCUAUGCGGAGUUCAUCUUCUUGGGACUCUUCAUAUCAGAGAUGCUGAUAAAGAUCUAUGGACUGGGGACAAGGCCUUAUUUUCACUCCUCCUUCAACUGUUUUGAUUGCGCUGUUAUUGUAGGCAGUAUAUUUGAAGUGGUCUGGGCAAUGAUCAAACCAGGUACCUCAUUCGGGAUCAGUGUUUUACGAGCUCUCAGGCUGCUGAGGAUCUUCAAAGUGACCAAAUACUGGGCCUCCUUGCGGAAUUUGGUGGUGUCCCUCUUGAACUCCAUGAAGUCCAUCAUUAGCCUGCUGUUCCUGCUCUUCCUCUUCAUUGUAGUCUUUGCUCUACUGGGCAUGCAGCUCUUCGGGGGCCAGUUCAAUUUCGAUACAGGAACCCCUCCCACCAACUUUGAUACCUUUCCUGCAGCAAUAAUGACUGUGUUUCAGAUCUUGACAGGAGAGGACUGGAAUGUGGUGAUGUAUGAUGGAAUUCAGUCUCAGGGUGGUGUCAAUAAAGGCAUGAUCUUCUCCAUUUUCUUUAUUGUUCUUACACUCUUUGGAAAUUACACUUUAUUGAAUGUGUUCUUGGCCAUUGCUGUGGAUAAUCUAGCUAAUGCGCAGGAGCUGACCAAGGAUGAAGAAGAGGAAGAGCAGGCCACAAGCCAAAAGAUAGCUCUUCAGAAAGCCAAGGAGGUAGCAGAGGUCAGCCCAUUGUCGGCAGCCAACCUCUCCAUCGCAGCUAAAGAGCAGCAGAAGAAUCAGAGAGCCAGCCAGUCAGUGUGGGAACAGCGCACCAGCGAGAUUCGGAGGCAGAACCUCAUGACUAGCCGGGAGGCGCUGUACAAUGAGCUGGAUCCCGAUGACCACUGGAAGGUUGCCUACUCACGUCACAUUCGCCCAGACAUUAAGACCCACCUGGACCGGCCAUUGGUGGUGGACCCACAGGAGAACCGCAACAACAACACCAACAAGACCCGGCCCAGUGAUCCAGCAUUGCAGGAGCAGAGGAUCAGACAGCAGCGGGCCGAGGAAUUCCUUCCCAAACAGGCACGCCAUCACGACUGGGGCGUAAGUGGAGGAGGAGGUGGUGGUGGUGGUGGUGGUGGUGGCAGCAGCUUAGCACGAUGCUAUGAAAGGCCAGAUUGUGAUGACCAGCAGCGGAGACGUCACAGCCAUAGCCACAGUCAACAGUCACUCACCCACGCAGACUCCAUGGAGGAACGCGAUCGGGCCUCGCACCACCGGCAGACCCAUAGGCACACCUCUGGCCCCACAAGAGAGGGCCACAGUGUGUCUCCAUGUGGAGAGAGAGGGCCACUGUCAGAGCACCGUCACCCCCGGCAGCAUUGGAGGCCACCUGAGGAUGAGGAAGGAGGUGGGCGCAGCCGGGGAAAUAGGCACCGGGCACGUGGUGGAGGCGUGGGAAACAAGAGUAAGGGACCAGAUGGAGAAGAGGACUGUGACCAUGUGGAUGGAGUGGAGAGGAGGCAGAGACGGCAUCGCCAUGGCUCCCAGUCCAUCUAUGACAAUGAAGGGAGGAGGGACAGGGAGAGAGUGCGGCAGCACCGAAUCCGAAAAGAGGGUCAGGGAAAUGGUCCUUACCUGUCCACUACCCGGCCUAUCCAGCAGGGACCACCUCAGCAAGACAGUCAGAGGAGUGAGGACAUGGAUAAUGUUAAAAACAGCAAGCUUGCCACACAGUCCCCAGACUCACAUAGUCUUGUUGGUCCUGAUCCCCAAAAUUCCUCCCCACUGCCAAGCCCCGCCAAAGCUAACAACAACAGCAAUGUUGCUGGAGAGCAAAAAGGCCCACUCUCCAUCCCAAAGCCACUCGGAGGCAAUCCAGGGAGAGCCCCUGAUAGCAGCUUUGUCCUUAUUGAACCAGGCAGGAAUACCAUCUGCAAGCCAGAGCACACUGCUGUGGAUAUUCCCCCUGUUUACCCUUCCAGCAAUGCAAUUCUGCAGGUAAACAAAAAUGCCAACACAGAACCACCACCUAAGAAGGAUGAGGAAAAGAAAGAGGAAGAGGAGGAAACUGACAAAGGCGGUGAUGAUGACGGGCCCAAGCCCAUGCCUCCAUAUAGCUCAAUGUUCAUUCUGUCCACAACCAAUCCGUUCCGCAGGAUGUGCCACUACAUAGUGACACUGCGGUAUUUUGAGAUGUGCAUCCUGUCCGUUAUUGCCAUGAGCAGCAUCGCCCUAGCAGCAGAGGACCCCAUACAGUCAGACUCACCAAGGAACAAUGUUUUGCGGUAUUUUGACUAUGUCUUCACAGGGGUGUUCACAUUUGAGAUGUUGAUAAAGAUGGUGGUCCUAGGGUUGUUCCUGCACCAGGGUGCCUAUUUCAGAGAUCUUUGGAACAUCCUGGACUUUAUAGUGGUUAGUGGUGCCCUGGUGGCCUUUGCCUUCACGAGCAGCACCCGGGGGAGCAGUAAGGGGAAGGACAUCAGCACCAUUAAGUCUCUACGAGUGCUGAGGGUCCUGCGUCCUCUGAAGACCAUCAAGCGUCUACCCAAGCUUAAGGCUGUGUUUGACUGUGUGGUGAACUCCCUGAAGAAUGUACUCAACAUCCUGAUCGUCUACAUGCUCUUCAUGUUUAUCUUUGCUGUGGUAGCUGUGCAGCUCUUCAAGGGUCGCUUCUUCUAUUGCACGGAUGAGUCCAAGGAGUUUGAUCAUGAUUGCAGGGGAGAAUACCUGGUUUAUGAUGGUGAUAAUGAAGUGAAGGCACAGAGGCGGGAGUGGAAGAGGUACGAUUUCCACUACGACAACGUGCUUUGGGCCCUGCUCACCCUCUUCACCGUGUCUACUGGAGAGGGGUGGCCGCAGGUACUGAAACAUUCAGUGGAUGCGACUUAUGAGAAUCAGGGCCCAAGCCCGGGGUACCGGAUGGAAAUGUCCAUCUUUUAUGUGGUGUACUUCGUGGUCUUCCCCUUCUUCUUCGUCAACAUCUUCGUAGCCCUCAUAAUCAUCACCUUUCAGGAACAGGGUGACAAAAUGAUGGAAGACUAUAGCCUGGAAAAGAAUGAGAGAGCCUGCAUAGACUUUGCCAUCAAUGCCAAGCCACUAACGCGCCACAUGCCACAGAACAAGCAGAGUUUCCAGUACCGCAUGUGGCAGUUUGUAGUUUCACCACCAUUUGAAUACACCAUCAUGGCCAUGAUUGCACUCAACACUGUUGUUCUCAUGAUGAAGUAUGACGGAUCCUCCACUGCCUACAAUAAUGUUCUGAAGAACCUCAACAUUGUGUUCACUUCCCUUUUUUCCAUGGAGUGUGUACUGAAGAUCAUUGCCUUUGGAGUUCUGAAUUAUUUCAAAGAUGCAUGGAAUAUUUUUGAUUUUGUGACUGUCCUCGGAAGCAUCACUGACAUCAUCGUAACAGAGCUAGUGACAAAUUUCAUCAACCUAAGUUUCUUGCGGCUCUUCAGAGCAGCUCGUCUCAUAAAGCUGCUGCGGCAGGGCGAGACCAUACGCAUCCUGCUGUGGACCUUUGUCCAGUCGUUCAAGGCACUGCCAUAUGUGUGUCUGCUCAUUGCCAUGCUGUUCUUCAUCUAUGCCAUCAUUGGCAUGCAGCUGUUUGGGAACCUAGCAAUUGAUGAUAACAGAGAUAAUGCCAUCAAUACACACAACAACUUCAGGACCUUUGUAAUGGCCCUCAUGCUGCUCUUCAGGAGUGCAACAGGAGAGGCAUGGCAUGAAAUCAUGCUUGCCUGUCUGGGGGAGAAAGACUGUGACCCCCGCUCUGGCAACAAGGAAUCUGAAUGUGGCAGCGAGUUUGCCUAUGUUUACUUUGUCUCCUUCAUCUUCCUCUGCUCUUUCUUGAUGCUGAAUUUGUUUGUUGCUGUCAUCAUGGAUAAUUUUGAAUACCUGACUCGAGACUCCUCUAUCCUGGGACCUCACCACUUGGACGAGUAUGUCAGGAUUUGGGCCGAGUAUGACCCAGCUGCUUGCGGGCGCAUUCAUUAUAAGGAUAUGUACAGUUUAUUGCGAGUAAUCUCCCCCCCUCUGGGCUUAGGCAAGAAAUGUCCCCAUAGGGUGGCCUGCAAGAGACUGCUACGGAUGGAUCUGCCAGUUGCAGAUGACAACACAGUUCAUUUCAACUCCACCCUCAUGGCCUUAAUCCGAACAGCGCUGGAUAUCAAGAUAGCCAAGGGAGGUGCAGACAAACACCAGAUGGAUGCCGAGUUGCGGAAGGAGAUGAUGGCAAUCUGGCCCAAUCUCUCUCAAAAGACCUUGGACCUGCUGGUCACCCCGCACAAGGCAACUGACCUGACAGUAGGGAAGAUCUACGCUGCCAUGAUGAUCAUGGAGUAUUACCGGCAGAGUAAAGCCAAAAAGCUUCAGGCACUCCGUGAGGAGCAGAAUCGAACGCCAUUAAUGUUUCAGCGUAUGGAGCCCCCUUCUCCAGCCCAGGACGGUGGGCAGGGAGUUGUCCGCCUCCCAGAAACACAUCAGGAGCCUAUUAUUAACUUACCUCCAAGAGGAGGUGUGACUGAGAGCCAGCCAUGGGUGGGAUCACGGUCCCAGGUGUUCCAGAAAGCUGACAGCUGGAGCCCCGAGAGAACACACAUUGAUGACCUGCAUGACAACCGUCAUGAUUCACAGACAGUAGAGAUGAGAGACAUGGGGCGGUACGAUUACUCGGACAGUGAGCACUAUCUCCCAAUGGAAGGGCACGUGAGGGCCACUUCCAUGCCUCGACUUUCAGCAGACAACCAAACUAUCACAGACAGCAGUCCAAUGAAGCGUUCCGCAUCCUCGCUUUGCCAGGGGCGCUCUGGGAGAAGUAUGCAACUGGAUGAUUAUUCUCUAGAGAGGGUGAUACCAGAGGAGGGCCAACGGCAUGGCCACCGCCAGCGGCAUGGCCAUGAGCGCAGCCACCGCACCUCCGAGAGAUCACUGAGCCGCUACACUGAUGCAGACACAGGUCAGGGCUGGCUCGGCACGGAUCUCAGCACCACCACCCAGUCAGGGGAUCUGCCUCCCAAGGACAGGGACCGGGAGCGUGGACGGCCCAAGGACCGAAGACAUCAUCAUCAUCACCACCACCACCACAGCUCUGUGGACAAGGAUCAUUAUGGGACGGACAGAAGCGAGUAUGGUCACCGGCUCCAUGGCAGGGAUCGGCACUGGUCACGGUCCCCCAGCGAGAGCCGAGGGUGUAGGACGCACAGACAGGGCAGUAGUUCAGUGAGCGGGAGUCCCGUCCCCUCAACUUCCGGCACCAGCACUCCCCGCCGUGGCCGCCGGCAGCUCCCCCAGACCCCUUCCACACCCCGGCCCCAUGUCACCUACUCCCCUGUGAUCCAUAAGGGCAACAACCCCCCUCCGGGAAGCCAGCAGGGCCGACUGGCCUCCCCAACCCUUCGCCGGUUCUCCCCUGAGCCUCGCCAUGGCUCCCCACGCUCUGCCCGCCAUGGCCAGCCCUGGGCACCCCCUGUAGAUAGCCUGGACAGCGAUGGCUACAUCUACAGCCAGGACUACGAGUACCACUGCCACGAACCACCUGCCUACGACCAGGGCCCACUACAAGGCAAUCCCCACCCUCACCCACGCUCACCCAGGACUUCCCGUCACGUUCGCCCUCCCCAGGCACAGCCACCCCCUCGUCGCCUGCCCAAUGGGUACCAUUCCACUUCACCGUCCCCCCACCGGCAUGGCCCACAUCUGGGGGCUCUUAGGCCCCCCCAUCAGAGAGGACCUAGAAAAGGCAUGCAUGAACCCUACAGCGAGACUGACGAGGACGACUGGUGCUAAUCACAGGGAAACGGUGGGCAGGGGUCUGGCUUCUCUCAUAGUAGAACCAAUGGGACACGGGGUAACCAGAAGUGAUGCCCUAACUGUCAGCUACACGACCUGCCUGUGUGAAAAAUGACACAACCAGGAAACAACAUGAAGAUGUGCCCUAAAACAGGAGGGAGAAUGGCAUGUUUUUGCCUAUUUCAUUUGUUAUUAAUUUUCUGCGCUGUUCAGUGUCUCCUGGGAGAGUUGUGAUAGCAGGCAAGAAUGGAGGAGAAGACUGCCCUGAUGGAGCCAGAGGAGAAAGGGGCUGCAUGUCUCUAAAACAACAGCUGGCUGCGGUUAUCUUGGCUGCUUACAGUCAGGCUAGUUGUUCGGAAGCACCUUCAGAUGAGGUGGCUGGAGAUAGGAGGUGCACAAACUAUAAAACACACCUCCAGUGUGAAAAUAACUCAGAAUUAUAUAUUUGUUUGUGUAUGAUUUUUAUUAGCCAUAAAUAUAUAAAAUACUGGUAUGGCUAAGGUUUGACUGACAUCAAUGCACUGAACAGGAGAUUACAAAGAAUAAAAACAUGAGAAAAAAUGGCAUGUGCUGAAAUGCACAUGACAAAAACUUUUAUUUUUGUGUAUGAAGCAUGAAAAGUAUAUUUAAGAUAAAUUUGUAUUAAUAAUUCAAAACAUAUGGACAUGGGUAAUUUCCACCAAAGUAGUGGAAGCAUGGCAUAAUUAACUGUGCUAUUUCUAUAUUGUUGCGCUUAUCACAGCGCGUGUUGAGAUAACCCCAGGUUGAUCCAACAACAGCAAUCAUGCCUGCUUCUUACCAGGUUCACCACAACCUCAUAAGAAUGCACUUCCGGACAGCUAGCCAACAGAGCUAACAUUUUGCAAUAGCUCGCCUAUAAACUGAUGGAAGCAGGUUGCUGAGUGGCCCCGCCUCCCCCAAACACACAUGCACACACCUGCCCCCUGUUUCCAAGGAAACCAUGAGAAAGACAAGUGUUUCUGUACAUGUAAAUGCUUUGCCUCCAGAAACAGACAACAAUGGAAAAAACGUAAUAGAAAAAGCAAAGAAUGGCCGCUUUUCUUUCCAAGGACUGAACUGCGUGUUACUACAAAAACCAGCCGCGUCGUUGGCCAGUAUUGAUGAGUUUUAUCAUCACUGUUUACUGUUAGUGACACUAAUACUAACUGUGACCUCAACGCCUACAAGGGAAUGCGGUGUAGCAUGGCGAUAACAGGACAGUGGAGGGAGAUAACAGCUACUUGCCUCCACUUUCCAUAGGUCUCAAAAUGCUGGCCUGGCCCAGGGAAAGUGAAAACCGGGAAAAGAGGGGAUACAUUUAAAAUGAAAAGGACAAAUCCUUGAAUAUUUCUUCCUCUAUUGCUUCUUCUAAUUCUACUUGAACAUUUGAGCUUGAUUAUUAUGUUGCACCUGUUCAGCUCUGUUUGAACUUUUAGAGUACAAUCUGAUGGAAUCCUGCAUGAAUGAUAAAAAAUAACAGAAGCUUUACUGUGUGAGGGGGAAAAUUACUCCCCAGUCUUGUGUUAAGCCUGAAGAAAUUCUUUCUUUCUCUCUCCCUCAGCUGGAAUUGGAAGUGUUGUACCAGAGGAAACACAUUCCACAAAUUGUAAUGUAGUUUUGUAAGUAGUUCCACAGAACCAGUAAGACUUAAAAUAUCUGUACUGAGUAUAUUUAUUAUUCAUACAAACACAAAGUUUGUAUAAAUUGGGUCAUUUGAGCUCAGAUGUGUGCAUGCUGCAUUCUGGCAGACAUGGUUUUCAGCACACAUCCUUCCCCAGCUAGGCACUCGGUACCUUGUGUCUGUCUCCUGUUGUGGUUGAGACACCAUGUGCAGAGGCUUGGCAUCACAAACUAGACCACUACCCAGCUAUCUGAGCCGGACUGACGUGUUUUCAGUCUUUUUUCUGUUCUCAUAAAGAAUGGACAAUUAAGGAGAGAAAGAGAUUAUUUCUCAGCUUUAAGAAUUUAUUAUAAAUAAUGAUAGCUAUAUAAAUAUACGAUGAUGGUAGUAAUGAUGAUUUGAUGAGAGUGGAUCCCUUGUAAACUUGUUUUGUGUGUUUGGAGUCAGCUGUGAUCACUAGGGGUCUGAUUCUUGUAGUCUUGUUUAUUUGGUUUUAUUGAUUUGUUGUGUUCUAUUUAUUUUUUGUUUGUUUAUUUCUACAAUGCUUUUUGGGUCCUGGGACAGGCCAAACGAGUGGAAUGGAGAAAACUUGCUCUGAAGGUGUAUUAUGUGACAGUUUCUCAGUGUACCAGUUCUUACCUCCAAUUAUUGAGAAGCCCUAGAAGGCCUGUGCCUGUUACUGCAAGACAAAGAAAACAGAGGUCAGUGCCAGGGACACAAGAGCCUAGUAGUUGUGUGUGUGUUUUGACACUAGGCCCUUUUAUACAGUAUCUGAUGUUAACAAAAGUGGGAUGAGUUGGGAAGGUUGAGCACAGCCUAUCAGCACUCUAAUUGAGUUUGCUGCAGCAUGAGCACAGCUAUAAGUCUGUCCCUUCUGUUGGUCCUUAUGGCUGGAGUUCUAAACUGGACUAGGAGAGCAGCAGAGAGGGCUGGCGAGAGGAUGCUUAUUUAACACAGACUCCUUAAUGGAACCUCAUUGUCACAAAGACCCAACAGCAAACGCGUUCUGUGCAUCCCGGAUUCUGAACUCUUUGACACAUUAAAAUGAUUUGAGGAACCCUGUGCUGACAAGGCACCCUAUAUCUUUAGGGCUGUUAUGGGCAAAAGGUCAUUUUGGCAAAGAGUACUGAAAUCUUUUUCAAAAGUCUGGUAUCAUAUUUUCUCACUUGGUCUGUCAAAGCAGUGAAGUACAGACUUUCAGGACAUUAUCAAGUUUAUCCAGAUCUUUAAACACUGUGUCAAGCUUGUGGUGGUGCUGUUGAGUCUCUGGGGAGUGACUGAGGAUAGCAGUGUUUCACAACCACCACAGAUGCUAUGAGACGCAGUCAGGGUAAUGCAUGCUGUCCCUGGUUACACCCAGCUCGCAGCUGCAGGUCCUCCAAAAACUUUGGCCUCUUCAUUGAUACCUCCCCCCAUUUCCCCUUAAUCUCUCAAAACUCCAACGAGCCGCUCAUUUUUCACUAAAUGUAUAGCAUGCAAGAUAGUAGCAUUACCACUAUCUUCAUCUUCACUGUCAUUAUAUCACUGUUAUCUUCUCCACUGUUGGCUUUAGGGUAUCCGUCACUUCACAUUUCACUUCUUAUGAAGUCAUAAAUGCCCAAAACUGAACAGUGGACAAAGUCCACAGCAUAACUUUAGCCAUCUCUACACAUUUUUGAAAGCCUAUGGAUGUUAACUACAGGAAAACCACAGCAUCUGCCCAUACUCCCCAACACUAUAAUUAUCUAACCCUGGAAAUCACAGAUUCAGAGCUGAGUAGAUAUAGUUCCAUGCAGAUGUCUGAAGAGACAGACCAUUGUGAAUUUGUGAGCUUGUGCUUGACUGCAUCUGUUUGUGAAUGUAGACAUCUGAGGGACAUCAGCUACAGAAGGUCUUUCAUCCUAACCCAGUCUCCUGCCUUCUGAAAACAGCUUGCUUAUUCCUGGCUUUUUCUCAUUUUAAUACUCAGCCUCUAAAGUGGACAGAGGCAUUCAGGAUAGACUUUUUUCUAUCAACAACCGAAUAUUGUAAAUGUGCAAACAGCUCAUCACAGAAGGAGGCAGUCAGAUAUGGUCACCGAGCUUUCCAGUUACUUGCUCUGCGUAAAUCCCUCAGUCUGACAGUAACCAAGUCUGAGUUUCAACUGGUCCCCAGCUGCUGCUUUUGCAAGGUGUUUCAUGUGGUUUGCGGAGGAGACCAGGCCAGAAAGCUUUGGUUUGGUUGUCUCCAGGAACAGGAUCAAAAGCAGAUUUUUCCACUGGGAGCAGCUUUUUCCAUGGGAAUGAAAAAGUUGGCACAGCUCUCCCAGCAUCAGAAACAACUGGGAACCUACAUCCUUAAGUUUGACCUACCAUGUUGUUGUUUUUUUUUUUCCAUUUUCUGUAAAAAAACUGUUUUAAAAUGUCUGCUGCCUGUAUGUCUGAGUGUUGCAUUAGAUAGUUUUCACCCCUGCCAGCAAACAUGUGUAGACACUACCUGCCAUUAUGAUCUUCUCGAAUCACAUAGAGAAAUAUGUUUCAAGUGCCCUUGGAUGGAUGUGAGACAUAAACUGGACAGUCUUUUGUUUUAUUCUCAGGUCUUGCAAGAAUUUCAGGAAUGGCCAGUGUUUUUGUCAGGUAAACAAAAAAAUCUUUAAGUCUGGCAGUCUAUUACGGUUUCAUCGUUGUCCUAAAACUUAAUACUGCACUUAAUAGUGAUUUGUGGACAAAACAAACUGAUGUGCGAGUCAUUUUUGGCUCCGAAAUGCAGCAUGUUAAUUUAAAAGAUAAAUAAACAAAUAAAUAUAUAUCGUGAGCUUAUGGAUUCAAAAUCUGGGGAUACCGCGCUGCAGUAUGAUAGGGGUUACUGUGCGUGCUCAGAAAGCAAUGGCUGACAGCACCAUUACACAGCUCUCCUUCAUGUCCGCAUUUUCCACCCAUCACUGUUUUCUAAAGUUUUCCUCUGUAAAACACCUCUCCCUUUUGUACAUAUAUUUGUUUCUUAGUCUUUUUUAGCCUUUCUUAGUCCUCCUCUUAUCUGUCUGUCACAGGGACAGUGCUCGCAUGUGUCAUACGCAGUGUCUCCUCCAUUCGUCCAUGUUGUUGUUUUGUGACUAACACUGUUUUGUUCGGCUUUUGAUGUUAACUCAAUAAAAUGAAAUAAGGCCUUGCCUGCAGCAAUUUCAGAAUAUGUUGCCAAAAGUCACCUUAGCAUGUAGCUAAUCAGCCAGUUUGCGCUCUUCACAUGUCACACACUUCUGUAAGUGUCAGGUGAAAAUGUCAAGCAGACAAAUUCCCUCCAUCAGACCCUCUCUCUCACUCAUUCUGAGUCGGGUAUUUUGCCUCGAGGGGAGGGAAAGUGAGUCGGAUCAGUCCCUUUUUACAGGAGUCUCACAAAUAUUGAUGUGUGUUGCAUUUCUGUUUGUGCAACAUUAAGAGCGUAUUGAUCCCAGUGCCUUAUUAAAAUAUCAUUUCACCUUCACCAUCAGUGCCCCCCUCCACCAUUUACAUGCUCUGUUUUGUAUUUUGUACAGGGAGCAUGGUGCAUAGAGAGGACAAGAAACAUCACCGACAUUAGCUGGUUGGGGAUCAUUUUCACUGCCCACACUUCUCGUUAUCAUCAACACUUGCCUUAUCAUUUUAAAGGCUGACACUCCCAAACCCUCAAUAACCUGGAAGUGUACAGUAAACAAGUACAAGCAGGUGAGAGGUGUUACUGCCUCUUGAUCAGGCCUCGGGGUGUGUCAAUGUUUUUGUGUUUGUCGCCUUCUCUCUGUUCAUUUUCUGUGUAACUUAACAAUGUAUUUCACCCAUAAACCUCAAGAAACAACCAACCAUGUGUACAUUUUUUUCUCCCGCUCACUGUCUCACUGCCCCCCCUUCCAUCGUGUCAUCACAUCCUCUGGAUGCAUGUUUGUUAGCAGCUGAAUCAUGGACACACUUUCCAGGUUUUCCUUCAUGCCUGUAGGAAGUGUUGAACAGCUUGUUCCAUAUGUCACCUAUAGAGGGCAGGACUGAGCUUAUUUUUGCCCUAAUAUUCAGGAAUGCAUGGUAGGCUAUUGGAAAUGUCCAGUUGCCUAAAUAAAGGCCACACUUCAACAUUGUAAGGGUGCCAAAAUACUGAGUUUGGGCAUCUCUUUGAUAUAUAAUCAGGUAAGUGCUCCCAGGUAAUAUGCCAGUAGCAAGUGUGAGUCCACACACUUCUGAAAUUUCUUGAUUGGUUAGUUCAGAGCUGAGAAUGCCCAGGGAGUAUUAAGGACACAUCAGAUGGAGCAGACACAAAAAACCACUAGAUGCUUCAGAAGUCCCCUCAUCAUCUGUCAUGUGCUACCAACCACACAGAAAGUGCUCCCUUCUGCUCGCAAGUAACCGGCUUGCAUUACGCUCUCUCUCUCUGUGAACGGAGCUGCUCUGUGCUCUGGCUCUGUCCACUUCUUUAACCGUUUCCAAGGUUAAUGAUUAAGCUCACAUUCUGCAGUGUGCCUCAUGUGGGUGGCGCACCACUGUCCAAAGCCACACUGAAACAGGGAGUAUGACUGCGGGAGUGUUUGUUCUUGCAUGAGCCGGGAGGCAUCUGUCGUCGUCACAGUGGAAGGCAAAAUCUGCCCACCCAUCCCCUGUAUCCCACACAUCACCAGCUUCCAGCAUCCAGGUGACAUCACAUGUCCAUCAGCUAAUAGAAGGCCAGUAACUGCACACCAACAUCACGCAGGAGUCACCAGGGAAUUCAAAAGAUAAGCAGAGUUUCCAACUCUGACUGAAGUAUUUGCUUAAAGAACUGCAUGUGCAAUGUGCAUGCCACUUUGUGGGUUAUAACGUCAUCUUCAGGAAUAAAAGAUUAGCAGAAAAAGUACACAUAUAUGAAAAUAGAUGUUUUUAAAAGCAAUGUGUUCAUUUUAUUCUCUAUUUUUUAAACAAAUUUUAAAAAA